AUGUUCUCCAACGACGGUGCUCUGUGCAUGGAGGAUCUUCUAGAGCUCAUCCAUCAGCGUACGCUACAGGGCGCCGAUCAGACAUGCGCCAUGGACUGGACGUAUGUCGGUGACCAUCCGACGUUCUACGAUGUGUGGAUCGCGCGCGGCAUGACGGGCGACUCGUUUCUCGAGAUUCCUGCGAGCGGAAGCUGGGACCGUGUUCGCGCGGGGUACAGCGACGACACGACGAUGAGAAUCAAGGCCCUCAAAGGUCAUACCUCGUUGCAUGCUGCGCGCGAAAGCGAUGAUACUCUGAUUGACUGGGAUACCCUACCGCCACAGAAGGUGAAGGGCAUGCCGAGCUAUCAGCAGCAGUCCUUUGUCGCUUGGCAUGAGGGCAUGGCGUACUGA